AAGGAAGAUUCUUCACAUAUCGCUGAAGAAGAGGAGGACGAUGGGCCAGAUGAACCAGAAACUGGCAACGCGGAUGGCGAAGCGAAGAAGAAGAAGAAGAAGAAAAAGUCAAAGAAGAAGAAAGUAGAGCAAAGUGAUCCUCCAAGGAUUGGCCUUUCAAAACUUUUCCCGAAUGGCAAUUAUCCGGAAGGUGAGAUCCAACCGUACAAGGAUGAUUAUGUUUGUCGCCGUCAAGCAAUGCCUGGAGGACGACGUCGGAGGAGAAGCGGUACCUGGAGAGAACACAAAUGGAAGACCCUGAACUGACAUACCAAAGCAUACGGCGGGCCGCUGAGGUUCACCGUCAAGUUCGUAGACAUGCUCGCAAGCAUAUAAAACCUGGGAUGACGAUGAUGGAGAUAGUCGAAAAUAUCGAAGAUGGAGUUCGCGCCUUAACAGAAACAACCGGCUUAGAAUCUGGACUCGGUUUCCCGACUGGCGUUAGUCUUAACAACUGCGCUGCUCAUUAUACACCCAAUCCUGGCGAUACCACAGUUCUCAAACAGGGCGAUGUCCUUAAGAUUGAUAUCGGGGUUCAUGUAAAAGGAAGAAUAUGUGAUUCUGCCUUCACUUUGAAUUUCGACCACACAUACGACAAACUACUCGAGGCGGUUCAAGCUGCGACGAACACAGGAAUUAGAGAAGCUGGGAUUGAUGUGCGGCUUGGAGAGCUUGGAGCUGCUAUACAAGAAACCAUGGAAUCCUAUGAAGUUGAGGUGAACGGGAAGAUCCUUCCGGUCAAAUCAAUCGAAAAUCUCAGUGGACACACUAUCAUUCCGUAUAGUAUUCACGGAGGAAAUCGAGGGAAAUCGGUCAUGUUGGUCAAAAACGAUGACCAAACCAAAAUGGAGGAAGGGGAAUACUUCGCGAUCGAGACGUUUGGGUCGACAGGCCGUGGUCGUGCCGUUGAGGGUGGAGAGUCCUCACACUUUGCGAAAAUCUACGAUGCACCUCAUGUUCCGUUAAGGCUGACCUCCGCCAAAUCCCUUUUGAACACAAUCACGAAAACCUUCGGGACACUGACAUUCUGCAGACGUCACUUACAUCGGAUUGGCGAGACCAGGCAUUUGCUAGGUCUUAACCAUCUCGUGGCGCAAGGUAUAGUACAAGAGUAUCCGCCAUUGUUUGAUCAGCUAGGCUCUAUGACCGCUCAAUUCGAGCAUACCGUUCUCCUCCGACCAACUGUGAAGGAGGUCGUUAGUAGAGGUGAUGACUAUUAAAAACAUAUCGAGCGUGAAUGUAUCUGUACAGUACUUGUAGCUUACUGUCAUAUAUAUAUUUCUACCU